UUUCCUCAGUCUAGCAGGUAAAGUCGAUCUUACCUACCUGCAAUCCUAUUUUCGGAUCCAGAAUUCACUUUCGUAAAAUCUGUUUCAGAUACCCAAAUUCAUCAAUCUAACAUGGAUGAAGAGUUGUUUCCAUCAACACCCGGGAAGAUCAAGAGCGACCGCCGCACUUUUCACCGGUGUUUCGCAUCCACGAGCACUAUGUUCCUAUGGGCGUUGUUUCUAAUCGCGUUAACCGCGUCGUAUUUAAGCUUCAUCGCCACCGGAAACCACCACAUCCACCACACAUCUCACCGGAGCGUCACCGGACCCCACUGGGAGAAACGCGUUGUUUCAUCUUCACAAAUCCACCGGAAAAACGGCUUCUCCGUUCUCGUCACCGGCGCUGCCGGUUUUGUCGGGACACACGUGUCACUCGCGUUGAAAAAACGCGGUGACGGUGUCGUCGGAAUCGAUAACUUCAACGAUUACUACGAUCCGGCGUUGAAAAAAGCUCGAAGGAAGAUGCUGGAAUCUAAAAAUAUUUUUAUUAUAAAUGCUGAUAUUAACGAUCAGAAUGUAUUAGCAAAACUUUUUGAAAUUGUUGCUUUCACACACGUAAUGCAUUUGGCUGCACAGGCGGGUGUCCGGUACGCGAUGGAGAAUCCUAAGUCGUAUGUUCAUAGUAACAUUGCGGGUUUGGUUACAUUACUUGAGCAAUGCAAGUCAGCUGACCCGCAACCCGCGGUUGUAUGGGCGAGUUCGAGUUCGGUUUACGGGUUAAACGACAAGGUUCCGUUUUCAGAAUCGGAUCGGACGGAUCAACCCGCUUCGCUUUACGCGGCUACGAAAAAGGCGGGUGAAGAAAUAACACAUACUUAUAAUCAUAUUUACGGGUUGUCGAUAACCGGGUUGAGAUUUUUUACGGUUUACGGGCCGUGGGGUCGACCUGACAUGGCUUAUUUUUCGUUUACGAAAAAUAUUUUAAAGGGUAAACCAAUAACGGUGUAUCGUGGGAAGAAUGGGGUAGAUUUGGCACGGGAUUUUACGUAUAUUGAUGAUAUUGUGAAAGGAUGUGUGGGGUCGUUGGAUACCGCAGGUAAGAGUACCGGGUCGGGUGGGAAGAAAAAGGGGCCCGCCCCGUACAGGAUUUUUAAUUUGGGUAAUACCUCGCCUGUUACGGUACCGACACUCGUGAGUAUACUCGAAAAGAAUUUGAAGAUGAAAGCGAAGAAGAAUGUGGUGGAUAUGCCUGGGAAUGGCGACGUUCCAUUUACACACGCGAAUAUAAGUUUAGCUCAACGCGAACUCGGGUAUAAACCGACUACGGAUCUGCCUACCGGGUUGAGGAAGUUUGUUAAAUGGUAUCUUUGGUACUAUGGUUAUGAACAAGGCAAGGUCAAGUCUGUAAAGUCAUAGUUUUGAUUUAUUUUUUGUUUAGGAUUUUUUUUUUUUAAUUUGAUGAAGAAAAGAAAAAGAUAUGAUGAGCAAGAUUCUUUGCUUAAAAUGAGGAAGACUUAGAAAAAUAUUCUCAUUUUUUUCUAAUUUAUAUUUUUUGACAUUUGUAAGUUGUGAACACAAGUUUCCUCUUGAUUAAUAUGAUAUAUUUAAUUUAA